CGCUUUUAUUCAUAUCUCGCGAGAUUGUGACGAUUCACGGAACUUACUGUCAACAUGGCAGACACUGUUACAGAUGCGCCGGCUGUCAAUGCGACAAUGAACGAAACAGCAGCUAAUGCUACAACUAAAAUCCCUGCCACCCCAGAAGGGAUGGCCAUUGCGUAUGGAAGUUUAUGUCUCAUGGCUGUUCUUCCGAUUUUCUAUGGUGCUAUGCGCUCAGUGAAGUACCAUACGGAUCAAAGGGAGUCUGGUGAUAAACCAGAGACAAUGUCUCAUAAGGAUGCAGCAAUGUUUCCAUUCAUCGCCAGUGGCACUCUCUUUGGAAUUUAUCUCAUUUUUCAGAUAUUCUCCAAGGAGUACAUCAACCUGUUGUUGGCCGUGUACUUCUUCUUCCUGGGGGUUUUUGCUCUCGCCAACCUUGUUGGGCCAUUGUUUUCAAAGUAUAUUCCAGCAUCAUUCCCAAACAUGGAGUAUCAUCUGAUAUUUACUCAAGGGAAAGAGAAAAAAGAAGAGCUAAUGAAUUACGAGUUUGACAGAAAGGAUGUAGCGUGUCACGUAGCAUGUGCUGUUAUUGGUGUGUGGUACCUGAUGAAGAAGCAUUGGAUUGCCAACAACUUGUUUGGUCUGGCAUUUGCUAUCAGUGGAGUAGAAAUCUUAUCCCUAAACAGGAUCAGCACGGGACUCAUCCUCCUGGGGGGUCUCUUUGUCUACGAUAUAUUCUGGGUGUUUGGAACCAAUGUGAUGGUUACAGUUGCCAAAUCAUUUGAUGCACCAAUUAAACUUGUGUUCCCUCAGGACCUCCUAGAGAAAGGACUGGCUGCCAAUAACUUUGCUAUGCUGGGGUUAGGGGACAUUGUCAUUCCAGGAAUCUUCAUUGCUCUGCUGCUUAGGUUCGAUGUCAGCCAAAAAAAGAACUCCAAAACCUACUUCUACGCCAGUUUUCUUGCCUACUGUCUGGGCCUGUUGGCCACCAUUCUAGUCAUGCAUGUAUUCAAACAUGCCCAGCCAGCUUUGCUGUACUUGGUGCCAGCUUGCACUAGUUUCCCACUUCUAACUGCUCUAAUCAAAGGAGAGCUCAAAGAGAUGCUCAGCUUUGAAGACCAUCCUGAGAAACCGGAGGAUGAGAAAGAGGAUGAGAAGAAAGCUAAGAAAGAGAAGUAACUCUAUUCUAACGGGCAGCAUCUCACCAUCAACAUACCUGGAACUCAAGCGGGGUUGACAUCUUUUUUUCCACACACACACAUAUUUAUUGAGCAGUUGUGACUUCAUUUUAAAAGUUGUUGUAUAUGUUGAUAGAUUUUUUGUUUUAUAUGAUAGAGUUAAAAGCUGAAAUAGUUAUUUAAUGGUAAAAUCUUACAGAACUUCAUACAAAGACUCUUUGAUGACAUGAUUUCAUUAUUUAUACAUGUAGUAUAGAAUUUUAUCUUGUUUUGUGCAAUCUGAUGGGAUAAACUCAAUGUAUUUUAUUAUUAAUCACUGUUCUGAUCAUCUCCUACAUAACAGACACAGAAAACUAUACUUUUUAUUUUUUUUUUUAUUUUUUUUUUGGAGUGAUAAACCUUUUUGCAAAUAGAAUUAAGUGAAGAUUGAAAAUUGAAUUUCUGAGAAAAUUUGAAUCAUUUUACAUAACAUUUAUUUUGUGCUAAAGCAUACUUAUAUUCAUUUUUGCUUUAUCAAAAGUGAGAGGAUGAAUGUAUCGGUCACUGUUGCAAUUCAUGUGCCUAAGAAGAAAUAUAAUAUGUCCAUACCGACCAGUCUCAAUGAUGAAAGAACACUGUUGUGCAUAGCUUUUUACAUAUUUUCAUAGAUUUUCAUGCAAGUGAUGCAUAUUUAUUAUUGGGUAUGAAUAUUUGAAGAACUUCCUUACAAUGUUUGAGAAAUGUAGGAGGACCCUCGACUCAAACGUUUGGGCAUUUAUAUGAUUUCUUUUUUAAAAUACAGACCCAUUUCUAGAUAUCAAAUAUUUAUGAUUAUAGGCAUAUAAAUAAUAACAAAAUCAUUGUUUGCUCACUUUCCCGAGUUUUCACUGCCAUGCUAGUCUUACUGUCACAUGAUCUGGGUCACUCUGUCACAUGAUUCGGGUCACUGUUAUUGUCACAUGAUUUGCAGCACUGCAUCAGUACUGAAGAGUGUUGCAUGUAGAGGACUUGGGAGUAAGAUGAGUGGAUUGAAGGUACUUUUUGUGGUUAGUAAGUUAUCAUGUCUGUUUUUUGCGACCUCAUGGCAUGUAAUUUUUCUUUUACAGCAUUAUCCAUGGCUACUUGUGUUGCAUUGUUUUUUUAUGUAUAUUUGUUGGAUUUUGGUAAAACAUUGAUGUGGCAGAGAUGUGAAGAUGUAUGCAUAUUAAAGAUCUGUAAUGAUAUGAUGAUGUGAAAUAAUUAUCAUUUUUUAAACAUUGUUUGUAUAAAGAGGGGCAAUCUUGAAUAUUCUGAGUAGCAGAAAAAAAAGAUUUUUUUUUAAAUGGUGGGCUGGACCCCCUACUUUAUAUGGGCCUGCACUGUUAACUUGAAAGACACAGAGAUAACAAAAUGCAUGGAUAUAUCCCAAAAUUAAGGGGCAAAUGUACUUUUCAAAUAUAUUAAAGCAAAUUCAAAUUCUU